GGAGGUGGUGGUGGUGGAGGCGCGCGCGCCCAAGUUUUGACGCAGUUAUGAAGAGAACUAGCAAGGCAACGGCACGACUUGGGGAUUUUGUCCGGCUGGAAAUUGUGCAACAGUUGUCCAAAGCCCUCUGGCUGUUUUCGACGUAGACGGAAAGACUUGUAGAUUAGACGGAUAAUCACGGGUGGAAGGGUGUGAGGGUGGACACCACGUUUCCUGGAGCUGACUUCUGAUAAACGAGUUGCACAAGAGCUGCGAAGAAGGAAAGCAACAUUGUGUUUUGUGUGAGGUGGUUCAGGACACCUUGGAACAUCACGGCCUGGUCUUGGAAAGAAAAGCUCCAGACGAUCAUGACGGAUGUGGAUGUCGCCGCGACGCGCGCGCUGUCCCCCGCGGACGGAGCGGAUGUGGAUGUGGAGGCGGAGGCGAUGGAGAUGGAGAGCCAGGAGAGCCGCACGCUCCUGAUGGUAGCGAUGAUCCUGCUGGAUUUGAACCGGUGCGGCGGAGUGUGUCCUAAGAGCGCAGUAGAGAGCGCCGCAAACGGGCAGCCCGGCGUGAGGGACAAGUGCCGAGCGCCUGGGAGCGAGCGGCGCGUGCGCAACCGGCAAAGCGCCGACAAGAAGCACCGCUGCCCCUACGCGGGAUGUGGCAAGAUCUACGGCAAGUCAUCGCACCUGAAAGCGCACUGCCGUGUACACACCGGUGAGAGACCAUUCCAGUGCACAUGGCCAGGCUGCAUCAAGCGUUUCUCCCGAUCAGAUGAGCUGACGCGCCACUUCCGUACACACACGGGCGAGAAGCGCUUCGCCUGUCCCCUCUGCACCAAGUGCUUCAUGCGAAGCGACCACCUGACCAAGCAUGCGCGCCGCCACGAUGGCUUCCAUCCCAGCAUGCUCUGCAAGUCCAACAGCCGGAGGCGCCGCUCGUCAGCCUCCACGUCCUCCUCUGGCUCGGGAGAUGCUGAGUGACGCUCAGAACUUUUGUAAACCAACUUACUGAUCGGUAUAGGAUCUACACACCCUUCUGAUCCUUUGUGACCGUCUCUAGUCUGAGCUUUCACGUUAUCCAUAUGCGACAUGCGAAUAAAAGCGUAAACUCUUUCGCACACAUAAUCCGAUAAACUGACAGCAAACGUAAGUAUAUAUAUAUAUAUAUAUAUAUAUAUAUAUAUAUAUAUAUAUAUAUAUAUACGUAAUGUUAAGGGGAUGGUUGACAAGCACAAUGGCAGAAAUGUAGGUGUGUGCUGAUAUAAGAUCUAGUCGCCUAAACUAUUGUCAUGGUUUACAAUAAUUGUGAUGGCAUCGCAUAAAAAAAUACAUGUUCUAAAUAUCAUAAUUUCUCACGUAAAACCACAUCGGACCAAUUCUUCAAUUCAAGAAUGAACUCAUGUUGAGUAUCACCGUAUAUUACAGAACUGCUUGAUUAUCAGCACAUGACUACUCCCAUGCCAGUGGGUUUUACACGUUGUUUCCUUUUUUGUUGCUUAAGGAAAACACAACUGGCAGAAAUUCAAAAAUACACAAUUUCCCCCUUAGACCCCCUUAGACCUAGUUAAUCAGCUAAUUACAUGUUCGGUAUUGGACAUUUGUUUCCUCGGUUUUGCACUGGAGCAUCAACGCUAACGUAGGUAACAAGUCUUCCUCGAACCGUAUCCAGUUAUUCGUUGGUUCGGUGAUGUGAUCUGGGACAUUGUAGGGCUUACUGUAAUCUAUAAACGUUAGCAAAACUUCACAGUGUAGCUGAACAUGGCGGCCAUUUUGGAAAUCCAGAAUCACUACAUAUAUAAUAUAAAGUGAUUCUGGAUUUCCAAAAUGGCUGCCACGUUCAGCUACAGUGUGAACAAAAUUAAUCAACUAUCUAACGCCAAACCAAACGUCUUGGCUGAUUGAAUACUUUUGCGUUCAGGGGAAAUUGUGUAGUUAUUUAUUUUCUUUAAUACCACGAAUGGUCAGAUCUAUAAUCAAUGAAGACAGUAAAUUAAUAAACAAACAUCGAGAUUCUCUGUGAAGAGUACAAGAUAGCUAAUUCUAAGAUAGCUACGACUGAAGACUACUUAUUUGUGGAAAAAGUCACAAAACUGUAUCGCAUUAGCUGAGUGUCAUUUUAAUUAGAAAAACUAUUUGUGUAGCGGAUUCCGUAGAUCCAAUCAUUGUGCCAUUUUAUUACAGACGUCUUGGCCGUAUGCAGGUACAUUCAGAUUUUGCGUUGUUCAUCCGUAUGAUUUUCAGACUUGAUGGCUGUCAAAUGAUGUGUAUUUAUGUAUUAAUUCCCCACCUGAAUUCCUCUAUCUUUUUUUCAGUGAUGUUGCUUCUACGAGGGAAUGUGUGGGAUUUUUUUUAGACCAUUUCUAUCUUGUUUUUACUAAUAUGUAAUAUACUGGGCUGUAAUUUAGUACUGUCUUUAAAGGCUUGUUUUUGACGAAUCUCCAUCGCCAUUUUAGAUUUUGAUACGUUAUCAGCCCAAAUGUUUUUCCAAUGAGUCUUUGGGGGGUUGCAAAUCUAUCAAGUAAGCACGACUAUAUUAACUUGAGUAGCAGAAUUUACAGAGAACGUAGCAUGGAAAUGGUGGAUAUAGCGAUUCAAAGUAAGCAUGAACACUACAGUGCUUGAGCGUGUUUAAAGGAAACGGAGGCAGUUGAAAGGAAAUUGAACCUGAAAGGAAAUGCGUUUAGCAAGAACUGACAUGACAUCAUGUUACUCUGCUGUCUAGUAAACGACGUAGCUAGUUAAGAGCAUAUCUUGGAGACGAGCUAGCUAGCAAGUUGAUAUGAUUCUACACAAAUUCGAAGGAAAGAGACUGUAGAAAUCCGUGAAAGCAAGUGCACUUUUUCAUGCCAGUACUUGCAAAUUCGUCUUGAUAGGAAGUAAGACAAGGGCUUGUUUAAAAUAGUAUAGAAGCGCAAGGAUAGUAUUAUCGCUAGUCCUGGACUUUCCCAGUUACUGUAUCAUGUGUACUAACUUCAUCUUUUGGUUUAUUGAGUGGUAAGGAAAAGGAGCAUGUUUUUUUUUUUUCUUUUUUAGAUUUCAGUAACAGGCAAACCAACUUAAUUUACAUAAUUUACUUGAAAUAGUCAACGCUGUGACUUUGAUAUAAGAGCAGCCACCAAGUGAAUGACGACAAUAGUAAUGACAAAAUAUAGUGUGUUCAGAUAGUGUGAGUGAAUUAAUUCAGCUGUCAAUCACACGAGAAACGGUCGCGUCAGUAUAGCACCCCUUUUCUGUACUGAGGCCCUCAAUUCACAUGCACUUUUUAAAGAUAUGGAUGUAUUUUUCUAUGUCAGAAUUUUCAGGUUCUCUUUAUGUUUUUGACCUGUAAAGAAUGUAACAAUACACUGCCUCGUCACUGACAUCAUAUCACCUUCAUCCUCGUAAUGAAUGUACAAUGGACUGAACUAACCACUGACAGAUGCUUUGUAUUAAAUUCUUUUGUUCUUGCACACCUACCACAUCUGUACAUAUGAUAAUAAUAUGAAAACAUUGUUCAUUUUGAAUUUUGCUGUACUAUUUUCAACAGAACGUGAUGUCCACCUGUAUUUUCAGUUCAUGACUUCAUUCAGAAUUGCUUAUACUUCUUUUUUUUGUAAAAAUAAAACAUUAAAACACGACCAGAGGACAGUUCCGUGUAGCCAAAUUUUCAUACCUUGACGCUUAACCCAAAAUGAGUUUGCUUGAUGAUUGAAUGCAGAGUAAUAUUUCAGUCAUAUUUCCAAGCAUGACACCUUCUGAUUGUACUUUUGUUGUACUUACUAAUUAAUUUCUUAUUGUAAUAGAAUGAGUGUGUGAAGUUUGUUUCGAUUAAGAUAUUAUAAGUGUGAAAUAACUAUAUAUUCGAUUAAGAUAGUUAUUUCUGCUUAAUAUUGAAUUGAUUUCAUAUACAGCAAUGGGUAAUAUUAUAUCAUUAUAGUCACAUGACUAAAAUCAGAAAUCAUUAAAAAAAAUUUAAGUGCCCAUUUCAAUAAAAAGAUUAUUUUUCAGAUAAAAAAAUAAAAGAUGUAACUAUUAUCUCAAGGCAUACUUAACUGUAAUAGCAAACUCAACAUGCAAGUGUAUCAUGUCAAUGUUAAACAAUGAAGAACUGUCAGUUGAGUAAGAAAUAAAACAUUUUGGUGUGUUGUUAUAGGAAAAUAAUCAACAAAGGCAGGGUGUGAUGUGGCCUGAUGCAAAGUGCAAUUACUUUUACCACCCCGAAGUUGAUUAUUUUCCAGUUACAGCAUGUUUUAUUAUUCUUAUACAACAAUAUGCCAAUGCUGACAAUUAUUUAUUUAUUAAAGAAUGACAUUUUAUUUUUUAUCGUUACAUUUAGUAUUGCGGAAUGUCCACAAAGCAAAUUCGUUCCUGUUUUCAUUUACAUUAUAGCAGCUAUAAACAGCUGUUACCUCACCAGCCUCAAAAAAUGCACCUUGUUACGUUAAUAAGAAACCACAAAGCGAAGACUCUCCUGUGGCGGAAAACCUACUGAGUGUUACAAAGCACUGCCACUGGAGACUCCUUCCAUAAAUGUAAAAUAAACGUAUGCUUACAA